GCAUUUUAUAAUAGUUUUAUACACAAAACCAAAACCAAUAAAAAUUUAAAAAGUAAGUUAAAUUAAUGGGCGCGUUUCCACUAUGGAUGCGCAAUACUUUAGUCCGAAGGUUGACUAUGGUGUCAUACUGGAUAAGCUGAAGGACGAGUUCAACAAGAAGUUCGUUCGCAAUACCCCAUCGCCGUCGUGCGGUCUCGACAACUUCAUCAUCAAGGCGACCCUGGGUGCUGGCUCGUUCGGCAAGGUGCAGCUGAUCAAAGAGAAGGAGGGCGACAACUAUUACGCCUCGAAGCAGCUGAGCAAGGAUCAAAUUAUCAAAACCAAGCAGGUCUCGCAUGUCAUGAGCGAAAAGAAAGUGCUCAACUCAAUGUGCUUUCCAUUCACCGUCAAUCUGGUAUCUUCUUUCAAGGACAACGACAGCCUCUACCUCGUCCUGCCGCUUAUAAUGGGUGGCGAACUCUUCACCUAUCAUCGCAAAGUCCGCAAGUUCAGCGAAAAACAGGCUCGCUUCUAUGCGGCGCAGGUGUUUCUCGCCCUGGAAUAUCUCCACUAUUGCAGCCUUUUGUAUCGUGAUCUAAAGCCCGAAAAUAUAAUGCUCGAUAAGAAUGGCUAUCUGAAGGUCACUGAUUUUGGUUUUGCGAAAAAAGUGGAGACGCGCACAAUGACCCUGUGUGGCACGCCGGAGUAUCUGCCACCGGAGAUAAUACAGUCAAAGCCGUAUGGAACCAGCGUGGAUUGGUGGGCCUUUGGUGUGCUCAUCUACGAGUUUGUUGCCGGCCAUUCGCCCUUCGCCACCCAUAGUCGCGACGUCAUGGUCAUGUACAACAAGAUCUGCGAGGGGGACUACAAAAUGCCCAGUGCCUUCUCGGGCCCUUUGCGUCAUCUGGUGGAUCAUUUACUGCAAGUGGAUCUCUCGAAAAGAUUUGGCAAUCUAAUUGGGGGCAACAAGGACAUUAAGAAUCAUGAGUGGUUCAAGGAAGUGGAGUGGAUACCGCUGCUCAAUCAGACCAUUCAGCCCCCAUACACGCCCACAAUUUCGAAUGCCGAGGAUAUUUCCAAUUUCGACAAGCACAGCGAAGGCAAACAGAAGCCAAAGUCAAAGACCGUCAAGCACGAAGAGGCUUUUGUAGAUUUCUAGCCAGCAGUGUAAACUACAAUAG